AUGCUGUGCCGCUCUGGUGCCGGGUGGCUCCGGUCGCUGCCUGCUUUGCGGCUUCGGGCACAGGGGUUGGCCCCGAGCUGGGGCAGCGCGCGCCUCCCGACUCUCCCGCUAUGGGCAGCCGCCUCGGUGUCGGCGGCCUCUCCGGGCGGCUGGUAUGAGGCCCUGGCAGCGUCGGCGCCCGUGGGCGCGGCGGAGGAAGUGCUGCUGGUCGCGCACGAGGCCUCGGGCCUCCCCUGGUGGGGCAGCAUCGUACUCAGCACCGUUGCCCUGCGCGGUGCUGUCACGCUGCCCCUGGCCGCCUAUCAGCACUACAUCCUGGCUAAGGUGGAAAACUUGCAACCAGAAAUAAAAGACAUCGCCAAACGCCUUAACCAAGAAGUUGCAGUCCGUGCACAUCAGUUUGGUUGGUCCAAGAGAGUUGCCAGGCUCACUUAUCUAAAGAACAUGCGGAGACUCGUUUCGGAGCUGUAUGUUCGUGACAACUGCCAUCCUUUGAAAGCCACGGUGCUGGUCUGGGUCCAGCUUCCAAUGUGGAUCUUCAUAUCUGUUGCCCUCCGGAAUUUUAGCAUAGGGGCCACACAUUCAGAAGCUGUUUCAGCAGGUGUUUCUGUCCGGGAGCAGUUGGCUGCUGGAGGCAGUCUGUGGUUUCCUGAUCUCACUGCAGUGGAUUCCACCUGGAUCCUGCCUAUCUGCGUUGGUGUUGUCAACUUACUGAUCGUGGAGAUCUCUGCUCUACAAAAAAUUGGAAUGUCUCGUUUUCAAAUGUACGUUACAAACUUUGUGCGUGCUGUGUCCGUGCUAAUGAUCCCAGUCGCUGCAACAGUGCCUUCAUCGCUCGCUCUCUACUGGCUGUGCUCCAGCCUUAUGGGCCUCUCACAGAAUCUGCUGCUGCGCUCCCCUGGAUUCCGCCAGCUUUGCCGGAUACCACCAACCAAGUCGGACUCAGAGACCCCCUACAGAGACCUCUCGGCAGCCUUUUGUGCCAAGUUCCUUUCAAGAAAACGAUGACUGUGCACUUCCAGUACCUUAGGAAUAAUUAAAAGUGUCGCCGUCAGUUUCAUAUAUUGAGCCUAAAAGACUUUAUUUAAAUAUCAUGAAGCACUGUAGGAAAGAUGUGUUUAACAGUAAUAGUUAAAUCUUUUAUGUAUUAAUUAAAUGUUCAGUUGUAAAAGUGUAAAAAUAAGACAGGAUGCCUGGCCUUGUUCAUAAACUCAUAGCUUUGUUAAGAACAGGAUUAGGUCCUGUGUCAUCACUGUGCUGAACUGUCCACAUAAUAAAUUUCUGUAAAUUAAA